GCAAAAGUGAAGUGAAAAAACUGUUGUCUCACUGUUUUGUCCUUUUUAAGAAUGUUUGUUGUGUUCUGUUCUACUUGUUUAGAAACUGUUUAAACAUACAGACGUAUAACAAAGUCAGAGGAAGUUGAAGAAGAAGAAGAGAAGGGAUAUUUUCAAAAUUAACAAAACUCUGAUUGCAAGAAGAGAAUCCAACGGCCAGGGGAAAGGAGUGCUUGAUCUUUGUUUGUUUCAUUUGUUUUUCUUUUUUUUUUUUCUGUUUCAUCAAAAGAAAUUCUUUCUUCCAUUCCCAGACCCUUCUCCUUUUUUAAGGGAGGGGUUUUGAGACAACAGAAUAAAGAUGAAUUUCACAGAAGCUAUGAAUGUUGUGCACAACAGGAUCCAACAGCUUGAACCAGAGAAUGCAUCAAAGAUCAUCGGUUAUCUCUUGUUGAUGCAAGACCAUAGUGACCGUGACAUGAUCCGUGUCGCCUUCUGUCCAGAUUCCGUGAUGCGUUCCAUGAUCAACUGUGUUAAAUACGAACUGGCUCAAAGCUCUCGUUACCACAUUCCUUCCUCUGAUCACAUUCCUAUCCGUAAAUUCGGGUCAUCAUUCACCGGUUUAUCAUCCCAAUCUCUUCCGGUUUCCGUCUCUCCUCCUUCGGUUCUCUCAAUGAGAUCCGGUUUCUGGGAGAAUUCAAACGAAAUGGAUUCCUUGCAGAACAAUGUUCAGUUCUUGAACUUUGAGGAUUCUCUGACCAGCCCUGAAUUCUCAACCGGUUUCUUCCCUCACGAGAAGCAAAGUUCGCCUCUGAGAACCAGCAGGAGAUCACCGAGUUUACCGGAGUUUCCGGUCAAAAUCUGCCACUACUUCAGCAAAGGAUUCUGCAAACACGGCAACAACUGCAGAUAUUUCCACGGUCAAGUCAUACCGGAGAGAGAGAGUUUUGCUCAGAUGUUUAAUCCAAACAACAACAACAACCUAAGCGACGAAGAGCAUGUUGUUUCCGCUGGAUCACUUGAGAAACUAGAAGGAGAGAUCAUCGAGCUGCUCAAAUCAAGAAGAGGCGCUCCGAUUUCAAUAGCUUCGUUGCCAAUGAUGUACUACGAGAAGUACGGUAGGACCCUUCAAGCUGAAGGAUAUCUCACGGAGUCACAAAGACACGGCAAAGCUGGCUAUAGCCUCACCAAGCUUCUUGUUCGCUUGAAUAACACCAUCCGCCUCAUCGACAGGCCACAUGGGCAACAUUCGGUUAUACUAGCGGAAGAUGUAUCAAAGUUUGUGGAAUAUAUGGGAGAGAGAAACGAACACGGAGCGAUCCUUGCAGGUUCUAGGCAGAUUUACCUAACGUUUCCGGCAGAGAGUAGUUUCACCGAUCAUGAUGUUUCAAACUACUUCUCCAAAUUCGGACCAGUGGAGGAUGUGAGGAUUCCUUGUCAGCAAAAGAGAAUGUUUGGAUUUGUAACGUUUGCUUACACGGAGACCGUGAAACACAUUCUUGCUAAAGGCAAUCCUCACUUCAUCUGCGGGGCUCGUGUCCUCGUCAAGCCGUACCGGGAGAAAUCACGGUCCAGUAGAUACUUCGACAACAACAAGCCUCUUCACGACAUCCGAUACGACUCUCAACAAUAUAUGGACAGAGACUUAGAGAUGAACACUUUUCCACCACGGGUUAGCGAAAGCUCAAGACUAAUGAGGAGGCAGUUUCUUGAGGAACACGAUCAAUCAAUUUCUAAGUCCUUACCUACUAAUUACUCCUAUCUCGGCUUCUCCUCCAACGACCUCAAGCUAACAAGAGAUGAGGAACAAGAAGAACAAGCGGGACGAUUGAGUUAUCUCCUGGAUUAUCUAAACACCGAGGAUCAUGUCAUGAACAUAAGCACUAACUACAAAGAAAUUGAUCGGAGGAUGCAGUGUGAAUCAUUGGACAGUCAGGUCCUAGAUCUACCCGAGAGUCCAUUUUCUUCCCUUUUCGGGAAGGAGAUUUCGACGGUUACAUAGAGAGAGAGAGAGAGAUAGAUCAGUGAUACCUAACCAAAAGGAAGAAUUGAGAUAGGAGCAUAAAGAUGAUUUGGUCAAUGGCAUGGAAACUUUAGGUUCUUUAGCAAUAACAUCAAAGAUGGAAAAAAAAGGGAGACAUAGAGACUCACAACAUAAAGGAGCUGAUUGCUUCAGCGCUUCAGCUACAAUAUGAGAGUUUAAGAAACAUGAAGUACAAGGAUUAUUAUGAUAAUAUAUAUAGUUAUUAUAUACUAGUCGAAAUUAAUUAAAUGUUUUAUCACUUUAUGAUGGUUGCUUUUUGUAUUUGUUUUUUUUUUAACUUUUGUUAUGCAAGGCUGGAUCAUAUUUCUUUGUAUCAUAUGACAAUCCGAUCC